GUCAUUCGGGAGGAGCUCCGCCCUCCAGCAGGGAGGCAGAGGCGGAGCAAAGACGGCGCUGGCGUCUGCUGCUGUAGCGAGCCAGCUUACCGCCUUUCCCGGAAGUCCCCCGCUCUCUUGCCAUUGUCGACUCUCCCGUGGGCUCGAUGGUCAGCAAAACAAUAACUCUGCAGAGCCAUGGAGGCCCAGGCGCCUGACUCCUCCCUCCGGGCGAGUGUGGACUGGAGCUAAGUCAGAGAUAGGGUAUAGACUCCCAUAAGGAUAGCGGUGUUGAGUCCUGUUGUGUACUCUUAAACUGGAGCUUCCUAGCCUCUUGAGUAGAAGAAAAAAUGCUUGAUAAUAUCAAAUCGUGGGCUGAGUAUGUUGUGGAAUGGGCUGCAAAGGAUCCGUAUGGAUUUCUUACAACAGUGAUCCUGGCUCUUACACCCCUAUUCUUAGCAAGUGCAGUACUGUCAUGGAAACUGGCAAAAAUGAUAGAAGCCAGAGAACGAGAGCAAAAGAAGAAGCAGAAGCGCCAGGAAAAUAUUGCUAAAGCUAAACGAACAAAGAAGGACUAAGAUGUUAACCUGCUACUUUUCUAAACAAAGCACUGUUCUUAAUUUGUAUUUUGCGUUGUAUCUUUACAGGUAAUUGAUGUGCACAAAUGAAUUCCUGAAAUGACUUGGUUCUUUUUAAAUUUGUGUUUAAGGUCUGUGAUCAUCUAACUUUAAUUGCUUUUUAAGAUCUUUUGUCCUGGGACUUGUUUUCUAAUUGAAGGUGUAUUUGUAAAGGAAAAUGUAAACUACAAUAUGUAUAAAGUACCUUUAUAAAAUAUGGUUUGGUUGAUUAAAAACCUAAUUACUUAUGAUUUUUAAAGCAUGGAAACAAAAUGUAUUGUCCUUUUUCUAAACUUGCUUUUUUCCUGUAGAUAUACAGGAUAACUUCUUUCUAAUAAGCUUUCCCCUAUAUUUCAGAGAAUCCUGAUUUUGAGUAUAAAAAUCAGAAUUAUCAAUUUGCAUUUAGCAAUGUUUUAAGAAUGUAGUGGUACUUCACAUCCACUAGUGAAGAAAUCGUACCCUUUUUAGUUUUUGUCAAAUGUUAAAAGGCUGUGGCUAUAGGCUACUUUGGGAAAGGAAAGGAAAAUAUGAAAUAGUGCAAGAGUUGCUGAAGUGCACACUGGCUGACUGCAUAUGUGGUUGCUGCAGGACCAACAACUAGAAAUAACUUUUGAUAAAGGAAGUAAUGGAUUCAUUUUGUUUACUUAAACACAGUAAUAUAGUAGGGAGAAUGAUAAAGGUAUUAAUCCUUCCACACGUCAUUGAAGGAACGUAUACUACUACUUCUAUGAUGAAUAUUUAUAUACUGCUCUUCAACCAAAGUUCAAUACGUAUAGUAUUACGUAAAACUGAUAGAAUCUGAAGUGGCUGUUACCUCCAUGAAUUCAGCUGUGUGUGAUUCAUCCUUCUGGUACAGAAAGCACCACAGUAUUAGUUCCUUAAAACUAAGCAUGCACAACUCUUAUGCAGCAAGUCAAGAGUAGCUCAGAGUUUAAUAAACCGUUCUUGCUGCCUCUGACCCCAAAUUUGAAGAACAGGAGCAGUGAGAGAAAUUAAGUGACGGGCAGGCAGGCUACAACUGGGCUUAGCAAAGCACUUAAUAUACUACUAGAUUCUAAUAGCUUGAAUCAUAUUUGCUGCAGAUAACCACACUUUUAUUCAAGGCUUGUUAGGAUGAGAAAGUUCAAGUUAAUGUGACUCUAGCCCUUUCAGUCUAUAACUAUACAUAGCUGGGUGGUCACAGAGUUGUUUGAAGUGCUGGCACCUACAGUGGCAUUAGUUGUGAGGUAAAUUCUCAAUCUGCUGAUUUAUAAGCCAUAUCGAACAAGCUCUACACAUGAGUUAGCUUACUCACAGCUUCAGCAAGCUCUUCCACUGUCUUUCUAACAGUUUGUGUGUCCCAUAACAGCUACAUACCUGCCAAAGGAAGAACAUACCCCAAAGCACUGGCCAAUCCUGCUGCACAGGAAUGUUGAUGGUUUCUUCCCAGAAGUUGUGACAUUGUAUUUGUUAGAUCAGAAUUGCACAACUUCAGCUGGUUCUGGACUACAACUCUCAUCAGCCCCAGCCACAAUGGCCAAUAGUCAUGAAUUAUGGGAAUUGUAGUUCAGCAUCUGCAAAGUUGUGCAGCCCUGGGUUAGAUGGUUGUUGGUAUAACUGAUAAGAUCAGGCAUUACACAGGAUAUGAAACCUACAUCUUGAUUAAAAGCUGACAUGUAGCAUAUAUGUAAAAAAAAAAUAGUUCAAGCUUUGUCCACUGUCUUGAAUGUUGUACAUUACUACUGGCAGUUAAAUAAACAACAUUGAUCUUAAAUUUCUACAUUGCAUAAAUAAAUGAUUCUUUAACAA